ACCGAAUACGAGAGUGCGCGCGAGAAAUGCAGCGUGAGACACACAGCGAACAGCCCCAAGAAACCCCACCGACGCCACGCGCACUGGAAAAGGGCACUGAAGAAAACAGCAGACGUUUGAGAAAGGAGCGACAGGAAAGGCGACCGCCGACGAGGAAAAAUGGGAGGGAAGCUGAGCAAAAAGAAGAAGGGAUAUAGUGUAAAUGACGAGAAGGCUAAAGAAAAGGAUGCCAAGACGGAGGGAGCGUCGGCGGAGGAGAGCGAAGCUCUGAAAGACAAGAAGGAAGCUCCUGCCACCACGGAGACGACCAAUGACACAGCGGCAGCCAGCAAAGAAGCUACACCCGGUGCUGAAAGUAAUUCCACUGCAACCAAGGAGGAGGAAAAAACCUCUGCACCUCCGAAGGAGGAGCCUGCAGCUAAUGCUCCUAAAGCCCCUGACAACAAGACCAGCGAGGCUGCCAAAGCAGAGCCCGCCAAGAGCCCUGAUGCCCCUCCUGCCAAAGCGGAGGAAAAAUCCACCCCCUCUGCAGUUACAGCAAAUGACAAAGAGCCUGCGAAAGAGCCCGCCCCUCCUGCUAAAGAUCCCGCCCCUCCUGUAGCCACAGCGACGGAAAGCAAGGCUGACUCUGAGUCUAAAAAGACUGAGGCUCCGCCCGUAAAGGAAUCCACCCCUGCAGAGCCAAUCACCACGGAGUCAAGCACCGCCCCCAAUAAGGAGCAAGCAGUUGCUGUGCAGGAUUAACAGUGAACGACAAGAUUAAUGACGGAAUGAAAAUGAUCAAAUCUAGCCCGCCCAUUUUAAAUUAUCAGUAAUUAUAAUAUUAAUAAUGAUAAUAGUAACAAUAACAGUAAUAAUUAUAACAGGCUGGACUUUAUCAUCGUUUGAGCGAUAGACAUGAUCAUGGUGAAUAAGACUGAUAGUUAUGAUGAUAAAGAUAUUAUCUUUAAUAUCCAAUUGAACUUUGAUACAAACCACCAGCCCCAAUAUCUCUCUCGCUCUCUCUCUCUCUCGCGCUCUCUCUCUCGCUCUCUCUCUCUCUACCUCCAUUUAAUAAGGGGUGGAAUAAAAACAUGGAAUCUGUUCACUACCACACUCCAAUUCUCACUUCCCUCCAUUUGAGUAUGAUGGCAGUGGGUGGGGCUAAUGUAUAUGUGUGUGUGUGUGUGUGUGUGAUAGUAAUAAUAGUAAUCCAGCCUCCCUGAUACAUAUUUCCUGUUUGCUGCUUUCUAGUUUGUGAUUGGCAUUGUGUCUGCUUCUCCCCUGACUUUCUUUGAUUCUCUCUCUCUUUCUCUCUCAAUCUUUUCUCACAUAUCUGUGUACAGCACAAUGCAUCAUACAUCCAAACAGGGUCAAAAAUUAACACUGGCUAAGUGCCAAAUGAGAGUAAGCUUUGGCUAAUAAAUAAAACCAAAUUACUUGCUAGUAAUGAUGGUCAUUUUUUUUUUUUUUUUUGUAAUGUUCUAACCCUUGUUGUUAAUUUAAAGGAAUAUUCCUGGUUUAGUCAAAUUAAGAUCAAUCAACAGCAUUUGUGGCAUAAUAAUAAUAAUACAAUUAUUUUGACUAAUCCUUCCUUUUCUUGAAGAAAAAAAAAAGCAAAAAUAGAGGGUACAGUGAGGCACUUACAAUGGAAGUGAAUGGGGCCAAGUUUUGUAGGGUUUAAAGACUGAAAUGUAAAGAUUAUAAUUUGAUCAAAGCACUUGCAUUCAUUCUUCUGUUAAAACCCAUGUAUUAUUUGAGCUGUAAAGUUUUUUAAAUCAUAAUUUUUACAGCCAUUGCAGGGUUUGUUGACUUUACAUUAUGGCAAUGAGUUGUAUAAUUGGCUAUAACUUUUCACAGAAAAGUUAGUGAUUUCAUCACAUUAAAAUCACAUUAACACACAAUGUUUACAUGUUGUGACUAUAUGUUUGAAACAGUCAGUAUUUUACCAUUUACAGAUUGGCCCCAUUAACUUCCAUUAUAAGUGCCUCACUGUAACCCAGAUUUAAAAGCAAAAUGUUUUUAAGAAAAGGAGGGUCAAGUCAAAAUAAAUUGUUCGUGGUAAUAAAUAUUAUGCCACAAAAUGCUGUCUAUUGAGCUGAACAUGUCAUGUAAGCAAAUCAAAUACAUACAAACCAUCUACCAAAGAAAACAUCUGAGUUCAUAACUUUAUGCAUCCUAAAUAAAUUUCUUAAAGAUAAAGUUGUUUUACUCGAGACCUCCAUGUGGCGGCACACAUGUAGAAUAUUCCUUGAUUAAGCAACCAAAUCGAAAAAAUACGGAGCAAAAUAAUGGGUGACAUCUUUGUGGCAGGUGCCGUUUCACUGAGAGAUGAAGUCUGACUCAUCUUGUAUAUGACGCUGUGAGUGAUGAUCAGAAAUAUACAAAGAAUAAACGGCUAAAUAUUUCCAUGGUAGCAACAAAAAUAUAUUUUCUAAAUACAAAUAAUGCAAAAUAAAUUUUCAUAGCUGGUAAGAAAUAUUUAUGGCUGCUAAUUUUUUUUAAAUUCAGCAGCCAUUGAAAUGUGUAGCAAAAGGUUAAUUUUGGGCCCUGCAUACACACAGACAAACACGCAGUAUUGAAUGUUAGCAGCAUUAGUGUUUUUGACUGGAUGUUUAAAGUGACAGUUAAAGUGUGUGCGCGUGUGUAGAGAUUGGGGGUAUGAAGUGAGUGUGUGUGUGUGCUGUAAGAAGUUAUGCAUGGUAUGAGCAUGCAUUUUGUGAAAAUGUUUGCGUGUGUAUUUGUAUUAAUGGAGUUCUGGUCUUUCUGUGUUUUGAAAGAAGUUGUUUUCAUGAUGUCAGGGAGAAAGAGAGAGUCCAGACCUCUAAACUCACCAAACAGGACACUUUUCACACACACUGUUCUCGUUGUGAGGGCUGUGUGUGUGUUUGCAUGUCAGUGGUUGGCCCUAUUGCUGUGUAUUUUUGGUUGCUGUGGAGAUAAUGUUGCUACAGGUGAUAUUUCAUUUAAAUUAAAACAUGCUCUCUAUUUCUCUUUCUCUCUGUUCCUUUCUCUGUCCUUUCUCUUUUCAAUCCUUUUCUGAAACUCCCUGGUAAAAUAAAAAAUGUAAUGGAAGAACUGAGAUAUAUGUACUUGUAUACAUGGAGCAACAUUAAUAAAAUGAAAGAAACAGA